CUACCAAGACUCCCCCCCCCCCCCCCUUUCACCUCCGUCCCAGCUCGAUCCCAAUCCACGUUCGUGCCCGACGGAAUGCCGGUCGAGCGCUUCGACGUUGCGAUCUCCUCGCGGACGCUGGUGCGGGCGUCCGACCCGCCGCCGGGCUUCCCCGCGGUGCUCCCGGCCUCCAACCUCGACCUCAUCCUCGGCUCCUUCCACACCUACCUCAUCGCCGUGUACCCCGUCCCGGCCGCGGGCUUCCCCGCCGUGGCCGCGGCCGUGCGCGCCGCCUUGCCCGUGUUCCUCUCCCGGUUCUUCCCCUUCGCCGGUCGCGUCGUCACCAACGCCUCCACCGGCGUGCCCGAGAUCGCCUGCAACAACGCCGGCGCCGAGCUCGUUGUGGCGGAUGCUGGGGUGAUGCUUGCGGAUGUCGACUUCGCUGACGCCGACCGCUCGCUCGUGCGCAUCCAGGUACCGUUCCAGCAGGGCCUCGCGCUGUCGCUGCAGCUCGUGCGGUUCGCGUGCGGCGGGUUCUCGCUGUCGUGGGGGACCAACCAUCUGUUGGUGGACGGCCAUGGACUGACGGCGCUGGCCAACGCGUGGGCGGAGCUGCUCCGCACCGGAGGCGUCUCGUGGGAGCCCCACCACGACCGGAGGUCGCUCUUCCGGGCGCGCUCACCGCCGCGGUUCAGCCCGUCGCUGGACGCCGAGUUCACGCGGUACGCGCCGGGCGGUCUCCCCAACUCCCUCCUGGUGGCCACCUUCGCACGCCGCAACUAUGUGGUCUCGGCCGCGGACGUCGACCGCCUCCGCGCCGCUGCCAGCACCCCCGCCCGCCGCGCCACGCGGCUCGAGGCCCUGUCCGCGCAUGUGUGGAAGCUGCUCGCCGCUGCCGUCGGCGGGUCCGACGCGCACUGCCGGCUCGCGUGGCUCGUCGACGGCCGGCCGCGCCUCGACCCGGCCAAGUACGACAAGGACACCGUGAGACGCUACAUCGGUAACGUUGUGACGUACGCGUCGCGGGAGGCAACUGUGGAGGCCGUCUCGUCGUCCCCGCUGGCCGACGUGGCGGCGAUGGCGGGCGCGGCCAUCGCGGAGGUGUUCCGGUCGGAGCGGUACGAGGAGCUGGUGGACUGGAUGGAGACGCGCAAGGGGGUGUUCCGGGAGGGCGGCAAGUGGACGGAGGUGGUGGGCGUGGGCACGGGGAGCCCGGCGCUGGUGGUGUCGGCGUUCCUGCCGUUCCGGGUGGAGGGGGACUUCGGGUUCGGACGGCCGCGGCUGGUGAUGCCGUGGGUGCGGCCGGGGCGGCUGGGGUCCGCGGCCAUGACCGUGGCGCGGAGCCCGGGCGAGGACGGGUCGUGGGUGAUCACCGCCAGGCUGUGGCCGCGGCUGGCCGAUGCCGUGGAGCUGGACCCGGAGGCCGUGCUCAAGCCGGCCACAGCCGCGCGGCUCGGGUUCGGCGCGCGCGAGCCGGCUGAUGUGGUGCGUCACGCGAGCCACAUGUGAGAUGGUGAGAACCGAGACGUGGUGCUGCGGGCUCCGCGGGCGUGGUGCUGCCGUUGUCGGUGUCUGCUAGCGGAGUAUCCAGAGAACAGGGUUCCCCACCCCCUAAUUUCUAUAUAUCAUCCUCACCAUAUAUGAUAUAUUAGAGAUUAGACAGUGAUUUAAUGAUAUGUUAUGGAUUUAUAUUUUUUUA